CGUCGAAAGUUGAGUCAGACGACACGCUGGAAUAUUUUAUAAAUUUUGACGUUUCAAGAACUGUGUUAGAGAAAAAAUCAAAAUGAAGUUGCGAUGGAUUUACAUACUUUUUCUUGUGUGUUCCAUAUUUGCCUGUAUAAAUGGACUGAGGCUACAAGGAACUCUUAAAGCAAACACCUAUUUCCGAUUCUUAUCAAAAUUUGGAUUUCAGAAAACGGAUCCGAAUAACGGGGAGAAUACACAAGGAUAUAUCUAUGGAAAUGUCACGACGCAAUCAAAUAUUACUAACAAUUUAUUGCUUGUUGUUGUUGAUAGUGAAUAUUUUGUAGAUUUUUUUGGAAAUAGGACAAGAUCUCCAAAUUCGUGCAAUCGAAUGAUGAAGAAAAUCAGCAGAAUUGCUUUUGAUGCAAUAUGUUUUCCGAAAGGUCCGGAAGAUUUUUUACGGCGUGUUCCAUGUCCAAGAGAUAAAUUAUGUGUAGAUGAAGAUACACCAUUAAAUGUGAUUCCAGGAUAUCAAUUUACAUAUAGAGUUAGGGAUACUCAACGACCACGGUUCUGGUUUUUGAGUUUAGUGUCAUGUCAUCUGGAUACUGACGGCAUCAAACCUUCGUGUCAGUGGCACGACACAUCAACAGACGAUGUCAUUAUACAUUACGAUAUCUGGUUAGUGAACGGAAACCCAGAAUUAAAACACUACAAUCCAUUUGAACAUCAAUUUUCAUUUGAACUCCAUGAUGUGUUUGAGAUUCACGUUACAGCGCUUGUGAUAUGUUGCAUUAUUUUACCGAUGUGGUUGUAUGCUUUCUUCAAACAAAAACAUCGCAUUACGAAAAUAUUAACAGUUUGUUUUGUGCUGCAGAUGGGUAGUAUUGGAUGUAACCUGUUGUAUAUAAUUUUAAUCGCAGCCACAGGUUCGGGAUUUACGUGGUUAGCUGUGAUUGGUAAUUUAAUAGACCUGACGUCGGAGUGUUUUUUCGUGUUAUUUUUAAUAUUUUUAGCGAAAGGAUGGGGCAUAACGACGGAUGAGUUGCGGGGUAAAAUAGUGUUAUAUGUACUGUGGGGAAUUUAUACUGUGUUAAAUAUCGUCCUCUUUAUAUGGAAUCUGAUGGAGUUGGAUCCUGUUAUUAACACCGACAAAUGGCAGACGUAUCCCGGCUAUUUGACCUUGGCCUUUCGUAUGGUUAUUAUGAUCUGGUUUCUCUACGAGUUACGUAAAACUUCACAACAAGGUUACCAUAACGAUCGAUUACAGUUCUUCCAACAUUUUGGUGCUUUUUUCAUGGUGUGGUUUGUUUACCUUCCUGUUCUAGUUAUAAUCAGUUCACAAGUUUCAGCCUUAUGGAGAUAUAAAACUAUACUCAGUAUAUCAUAUGCUGCUAAGAUAUUAGGAUAUAUUGUAUUAAUUAAUUUACUGUGGCCGACUAAAUCAGUAUUAUAUCUUAUCAAUGGUGAAAUUCCUCUACAAACUUGGGAUCUAGAAAUUACAGGUCUUCUUGAUGACAUGCAUGAAACGGUUUUAGGUCAAGAUGAAGAGGAAGAAGAGAUUUUCACAGCGAAACCUUUGAACGGUCACAUCGCUAAUGGUCAUAUCAAACAACAGAAUGGGGCAGCUUUAAUACAACAAGAAUCUUCAUUUUAAACACAGGUGUUAUAUUGUAAAGACAUGGUUUAUAUUGUAAA